AUGCAUCAUCUUAGCACCGACGACGACGCCGACAAAGAUCGCGAGCAUGUCAGCGACUGGUCCACGUUCUGGGGUGAACCUGAUCCCUCUGAAUCCAAUGGGAUUCGCUCAAAUUGGAAGAAGAACUUAUACCAGCUCUUACAAGAACCUACAAGCUCACAAGGCGCUUUCACAAUACACAUAUGUGUCACUCUUCUCAUCGUUAUCGCUGCCCUUCUCACCAUUCUCGAGACUAUACCCAGCUUCAGAGCGAUAGAUUCGCGCAUUUGGUUCGGUUUUGAGACUGCUAUCGUCGUAAUUUUCACAAUUGAGUACUUUGCUAGAAUCGCUGCUCACUCUGAUUCUUGGUCAAUGCUCUGGAGAUGGUCAAAAUCCUUUUUUGCUCUUAUAGAUCUCGCUUCUAUUCUUCCUUACUACAUUGAAGUUGCUAUACAAACCGACGCAUCCAACUUCUUCCAUUUUUCGAUACUGCGGACGUUUCGACUACUCAGAGUCUUCAGAGCCUUCAGAUACUCGAGUAAACUGUUACUCACCAUUGAAGUGAUGGUGCUAUCUUUCAAGAGAUCUGCAGAUGCACUCAUUGCACUGUCUUUCCUGGUCUGUACCCUCGUCGCAUUAUUCGCUACCUUUUUAUACUUUAUUGAACGUGGAAGCUGGGACGCAAAUCUUGAACAAUUCAUGAAUAGCGACGGCCAGCCUUCUUCUUUUGAAAGUAUACCUGCUGCAGCUUGGUUUGUUCUGGUCACCAUUUCCACAGUCGGUUAUGGUGAAGUUACGCCAACGACUACGAUAGGAAGAUUAAUUACUCUACCUUUGCUUGUGUUUGGGUUACUGCUGAUUGCUUUACCUUCUUUUGUCUUGGGGAGGAACUUCUCGAUUGUAUGGGACACUGUCACAUCACACCAUAACACAGAGACAAUACCUAAGAAACGCAAUUACACAGCUGUUCCAACAGCAGCAGGUUUCGAUAUUCCAUCUGAGCCAGAACCAAUUUUCGACUCGCGCCAACCUUAUGGUAGUUCCGACAAUACAGCACUCAGACCUAAUAUGGACAACAGGCAUAAUACACAAACUGAAGAGAAUUAUUUAGCUAGUACAAGCACAAUGAGUAAUGAAUCGAAUGUUGUUGAUGAAGUAAAGUCACUCAGACUAGCAAUAAAUCAGCAGUCUCGCGAUAUCAGAAUUCUCAUGGAUGCUCUGUCGCAGCGGCAGAUUUAG